AUGGAAAACCAACCCCCCAACAAAACCACAAUCUCGGGAGAUCUCCCGGUCCGCUCAGCCCGUCGCACUCGCCAACAUGAUUGCCUUAUGACACCAAAAGAGCAAGCUCAGCGCGAGGCCAAAAAAGUUUCCAUUGAAGAUGAGGCCAACAACGGACCCUGGCCCAAGCCCAAAACUGGCAAAAAGGGUACCGAGCUGGAUGAAGAGGUAUCAGUGGUCAUGGGUCCGGAUUUGGCAAUGCAGUCCAAGAAUAAGAAGACUAAGCGGCCGAAAAGCAAGCGUGGACUCGGAAAACCCACAGGCUUUGAGGAAUGGAGUGCAGAAGGUCCAAUGACGCCAGAAGAACAUGAGGAAGACCUUGCUCUUUAUGACCCUCGAAUAGAGGACGCUCUCAUGCGCUUCCAGAGAAAACGCCGAAUGGAAUCUUUGCGCACUAGCAUUUUUCACAAAUUCUUGCAAUACGGGGGCAUUUCUGUUGGUCCUAACUUUGGAACCGGUGUCCCCGCACGUCAACUGAAAGAGAUGACCAAAGAGGAAAUCAUGCAGGCUCGCAACCAGACAUUGAUUGAGAAAGAGCGCGAAAUUUUAGAAGUCAGCUUCACCCAAGUAAUACGGGGAUUUCUAGGAUCUUUCUACAUGACAUACUUCCACCCAGACUCUGAAGCGACAAUCAAAUUCACCACAAGCACGAUCCAAAACUUCUACACGUAUCUUCUGUACCAUCAAGUGUGCCCAGAGUACACGGAGGAUAUUCUCAACGCCAGAAAGACAUGCGACCUUGCCAACGAGGAGCUUUGGAAGAAUAUGCAGCUGAUCUGCGAUGGCCCGGGAUCUUUCAAUAAAUCUUGUUCAAUGCUUUUUGGUGGCCAGUACUAUGAAAGCCGUGAUGAAUGGUCUACAAAUACAUUCAAUGAUGGAGGUAAUGGCUUGACUCGCGAACUUGCCCAGAAGACCGUGAGACAUGCUAUUGCUGGAGCCGGAUCAUACGAGGUGGCUUCACGCUUCUUAGAGCUCGUUAAGAAAGAUGACUUGGAAGCGAAAAGAGUUUCUGAUAUCGAUGGGUUUGAGAUCAUUUCGAAAUCUGACCCUGACGAUAACUGUCGCGACUUCUAUCAGCAACUGGCAAAAGAUCUAACUCCGGUCGGCAUAGUCAAAGCCAAGUCAUUCAUUGAUCCUGCCAAACCGAAGGUGGAUUUGAGUCCCAAGGAGCGGUGGGAGUGGGAUCAUGGCAAGAAGCCUAGCUAUGAAUUUACGUUUUUCAUCGAGAUGAGCCUUUUGCCUCUGUUUUAUCCCGGGUCGAAGGUUUUGUGCGGCGUCUGGGAACUGAAUUGCGGAGUUUUCUUUUUUGAUUCAACCUAUUCUGUCUAUCCGACAUUCUACAAUGUCAUUGCGAAUGAUAUGAUGUUGACCUGGAAGCGACCAAGAGAUGUGACUAAAGAUGAUGAGUCAACUCAGAAAGUGCUGUCUCGAAUUGAAGACUCAGUUAAAGAGGCCUUGCAGGCAACUAGCCAUGGGGUGGAUAAAGACAAGGAUUCGAAGGAUAGCGAUGAAAAUGAGGUCGAGAGGGAUGGAGAUGGAGAUGGAGAGGGAGAGGGAGCAGACAGUCCGUGUGAAAUCGACUGA